AUGACCGGACAGUCGAGUCAGCAGCCGUCUGAUAGGCCCUUGUCUGUUGCCGGCUUCGAAGCUAUCGCUAAGACCAAGCUCAAGCAGCAGGUCUGGGAUUACUACGUAUCUGGCUCGGAUGAACAAACCACCAUCAAACGCAAUCGAUCAUCAUUCGAUAGGCUACUGCUGCGUCCUCGAGUUUUCCGCGAUGUCAGUGUGAUAGAUACCUCCGCCACAUUAUUUGGCAGGAAGUAUCUUUUUCCAGUUGGUGUGAGUCCAAGCGCGAUGCAGAAACUCGUUGGUGGAGAAGGUGAGUUGGAUGUUGCUCGAGCUAUCGCCGCUCGAGGUACCUUAAUGAUUCUGUCUUCAAACUCAACUUCGAAGCUGGAGGACGUUUUAGAUGCUGCUGGCGGUCCGGACGCGAGUUUCUGGUUCCAGAUCUACAUCUCACAAGAUCGCGAGAAGUCCUCGAGGCUGAUCAAACGCGCAGAAAAGGCUGGGUACAAGGCCCUAGCUGUUACAGUCGAUACACCAGUACUAGGCAAUCGCUACAACGAAAGGAAAACACAACUUGUCUUGCCCAAGCCAUUGACUCUCGCGAACCUCGAGGAUAACGACCCCACAGCAUCUAGCAAACCUAGUCUCAACCGCGAGCUUCUGCAAGCACUAACUAGAGAAGAGGCUGCCCAGAUACAGGAUGCCGCCAAGAAGCGUGGCUUACUUAAUGCUUCGGACUUGACAUGGCAUGAAACGAUUCCAUGGAUGAAGCAGCAAACAAACAAGAUGAAAAUAGUGGUCAAGGGCGUCAUGACUGCCGAGGAUGCUCUGUUGGCCAUACAGCACGGUGCUGAUGCCAUAGUGGUGAGCAACCAUGGUGGUCGGCAAUUAGAUGGCGUUGCCAGCACACUUGAGGCACUUCCAGAAAUUGUGGAUGUAGCCAAAGGACGAGUCCCAGUGCUCAUGGAUGGCGGGAUCACGAGAGGAAGCGACGUGUUCAAAGCUCUUGCCUUAGGUGCGGACUUCUGUCUCGUCGGUCGUCCAGCGCUAUGGGGACUGGCUUAUGAUGGACAGAAAGGUGUGGAGAUGGUGCUAGAUGUGCUUGAGCGAGAACUCACUCGAACCAUGGCGCUUUGUGGUGCUAGGAAUUUGCAAGAGAUCGAGAAGGGAAUGCUCGGGGUGGAAAGACGUGAUGGCUUUGGGGUAGCAAAACUGUGA